GCUCCCGCGGCGACGCCCCGGGACUCCCUCUCGGGCAGCCUCUGCAGCAGCGCCUCUGGCCUCAGUCGCUGCGCGGCCAGCAUGCGUCCCCGAGCAAGGGCCCUUCCCAGCCUGAACAGACUUCGAGUUCUCCUGAUGCUGUUCCAUACAAUGGCUCGAGUCAUGGCAGAGCAAGAAGUGGAAAAUCUCUCAGGCCUUUCCACUAACCCCGAAAAAGAUAUAUUUGUGGUGCGGGAAAAUGGGACGACAUGUCUCAUGGCAGAGUUUGCAGCCAAAUUUAUUGUCCCUUAUGAUGUGUGGGCCAGCAAUUAUGUCGAUGAAAGUCACAACACCUCCAAGGGACCCGCGGCGACCUGGAGGCUGAGCAAGGUCCAGUUUGUCUACGACUCCUCCGAAAAGACCCAUUUUAAGGACGCAGUCAGCGCCGGGAAGCACACAGCCAACUCCCAUCGCCUCUCUGCCUUGGUCACCCCAGCUGGGAUGUCUUAUGAGUGUCAGGCCCAGCAGACCAUUUCACUUGCCUCCAGCGAUCCGCAGAAGACGGUCACCCUGAUCCUGUCUGCGGUUCACAUCCAGCCCUUUGACAUCAUCUCUGAUUUUGUCUUCAGUGAAGAGCAUAAGUGCCCAGUGGACGAGCGGGAGCAGUUGGAGGAAACCUUGCCCCUGAUUUUGGGGCUCAUCCUUGGUCUCGUCAUUGUGGUAACGCUGGUGAUUUACCACAUCCACCACAAAAUGACUGCCAGCCAGGUGCAGAUCCCCAGGGACCGGUCCCAGUAUAAGCACAUGGGCUAGGGGCCCUAGGCAGGCAGCCCCCAGCCCUGUCCUCCGCCUGGAUCAGGCAGAGGAACAAAAGCACUUUGCCACCUUGCACAUGGGAUACACCAACAUAGCUA